CUCCCCUUUCCAUGGAGUCCACUCCCCUUUCCAUGGACUCGUUUCCAGUUCCUCUGGUAAAGUUUGUCCACACAGCUGAACUUUCUCUGCCGUCUCCUCCCGGGUGGACAAAAGCACCAAAAUGGUCAGAGCACAUCUGAGUGUGACAACGUUAAGGAAGCUCAUAGAAAUGAAGAUGAUACCGUGCAUCAGUGUACACAGGAACCUGACGUGUUUGCACCAUGCUUUGGGUGGAAUUCGGUGGAAAAGCAGCUACAGACAAGCCCCCUUACUGACAGCUGCUCCUGCUCGCGGCCUCAUAGAUGAACCGAUCAGCGUUAAAGGACGUUUCCUGCCUCCGCACUGUCCUGUCACAGUGUGUGCACAAAUGCACAGCGAGGACGGUGACCUGUGGGAAGCAUUCGGACAUUAUAACACAACCUCAGAUGGCACUGUCAGCUUGACCAGGGAUCAUUCAGUCGGGGGUUCAUAUUUGGGCUGUGAACCAAUGGGGCUGUUCUGGGGACUGCAGCCAGCACCCGGUGCAAGAAAAGGUUUGAGGCUGAGGAAGAAAAACGUGGAGACUCCAUUCGUUGUGCACGUGUCUUUACUGGAUGGCCACGUUUCACCCAGUGAGCGGCAGAGCACUGAGCUGGCAGCUGUAACCACCGAGCGCUGGUACAUGGCACCAGGCGUGAGGCGAAUAGAGAUCCGUCAGAACGGAGUUGUGGGGACGCUGUUUUUGCCGCCCGGCCCAGGCCCAGUUCCAGCCAUUUUGGACCUGUGGGGAAUGGGUGGAGGACUGGUGGAGUACCGCGCCGCCCUGUUUGCAUCCAGAGGUUAUGCUAGCCUGUCUCUUGCCUACUUAGGGCACAAAGAUUUGCCUGCCCCUCGAAACCGCAUCAAUGUUGGCGACUCAUAUUUCAAGACAGCAUUCCACCUACUUCAAGAUCAUCCUCAAGUUUGUGCCGACAGAGUCGGGAUCAUCGGCCUCUCCUUUGGAGUCUACCUAACUCUUCGACUUGCCACUCAGCCUGAUAUCAGCCCAUCCUGUUUGAUUUGUAUUAACGGCCCUGUAGGAAGCACCGUCACGCUCUCAGACGCAGAUGGCAGGACUGAACAGUUUGAAAGUGACCAGAAAUAUUGGGUGUUUGAUGAUGACGGUUACGUCAGUUUCAAAGCCCUUUCCCUGCCUGCUAACCUCGCUCCUGAGACGAUAGUAAAGAUAGAGAAGCUCACCUGUCCGUUACUGUGUAUCGUGGGUGAAGAUGACCUGAGCUCUUCAAGCAUAGAGUGCGCAAACCUGAUGGAGGAGACCCUGAGGGCUGCAGGUAAACACCAGCUGUUCACCUGUUUGUCGUAUCCCGGCGCUGGCCACCUGAUUGAACCUCCUUACACACCAAAUUCAAGAGCGUCUCUGUGGAGUGUCAAACCAGUCAAACAGAUCACUCUGUGGGGAGGUCAUCUUGCAUCCCACGCUGCUGCCCAGGAAGACGCCUGGAAGAAGACCCUGGAAUUUCUGGAAACUAACCUGAGAUGUUGACUCUGUGGUGAAUCCAGUUAUUGAGAUAGAAAUCAUGUCAGCAUGAAUGUGACUGUGAAAAGCUGAGCCAGUUUUAUCUGACCUAAAAACUCACAGAUUCAGUCAUUCAUAUUUAGCAGGCUGCAAAUUCUCCAUAAGAGGGAGCUGUCUGGUCACUUAACCUGCAAACCAACACCUCCAGAAGGGAAGGAACCAAAGAUGUUAUGCCGCCAGGUACAACUGUCCUCGCUG